AUGGAUCACGAUCAUGAUCAUGGCAGUGGUGGCUCCGGCAUGGAUGGUGAACAUGAUGGUCAUGGUUCUUGCCCCAUGAAUAUGGCUUUCCACACUGGCUAUACGGAAUGCAUCUUGUGGAAGGGAUGGAUGACCACAACGGUUACACAAUUUGUCCUGUCCGCCUUGGCCCUGUUUGUGGUCGCUUUCCUUUAUGAAUCGCUGAAAUUUGUCCGGGAAUAUUUCUUACGUCGAGCCGUUCGCAAUGAAGCUGAACGUGUCGCAUUGGAAUUGCAAUUAAAAACGACUGGACCCUCAACUACGACACCCACCUGUCAUGCCUCCAGCACUUUGGCACCGAUACGUGAAAAAACUUACGCUCAGAGGAUUUUCUCAACACCCCAUCUGAUUCAGACAUUCUUUAAUCUCAUACAGAUUAUAUUAUCCUAUCUGAUGAUGUUGGUCUUCAUGACCUAUAAUUAUUGGCUAUGUUUGGCAGUGAUUUUGGGUCUUGGUGUUGGUUACUUUUUUUUUGGGUGGAUUAAGCAGGAUGUCUAUGAGAGUGAAUGUUGUCACUAA